CUGUGUUUACAGUAACGCGGCAGCUCAGCUGAGGUUCGCGUGUGAACGAUGAUCUCGGUAAUUGAUUAUGAAGGAUCUGCGCUCUACUGGCGUUGUCUGUACGCUUUUUGGCAGGAGCUGUUGAACAAAUCUAAAGUACGUUCGACCUUCUUUUCGGGAAAUAACAGAAAUAUUUCUCACAAUAUUUAUAUGAAGCCGAACAUAAAAUCUGUACUGAAUAUUUAAACACCGUUCCCGCUGCUUAAGUACCCCAACGUACUUGUUUCACUUGACAUCUACGAUUUCAAGGAGUAUAUUCGGACAAAAAUAUGCAAAAAGAAUGAUGGCGUGGCAGUAGCAGUGGUGGUCUAGUUGUGUGUGAGCCGGUGGACGGCUCUGGGUCUGGUGUGAGAGGGUUGGAGCGAGGACGAGUUUGUGGAUAUGAAGGUGGGACAGAAGAACUCAGUAUGUAUCCUGUCAAGUCGAGAGCGAGGAGCACGAGGCCUUGCCUCACACAGGAUCCUACUGCAGCUUGUAGAGGAAAAGACACAGCGCAUGAAAUGGCAAAGCCAGAAAGUGGAGUUACCAGACAGCCCUCGCUCAACCUUUCUUCUGGCCUUCAGUCCAGAUAGGUCUUUAAUGGCCUCGACCCAUGUGAACCACAACAUCUACAUCACAGAGGUUAAGACAGGAAAGUGUGUUCACUCUCUAGUGGGUCACCGCCGGACACCCUGGUGCCUGACCUUUCACCCUAGCAUCCCUGGCCUUAUUGCUUCUGGCUGCCUGGAUGGAGAGGUCCGAAUCUGGGACCUACAUGGAGGCAGUGAGAGCUGGCUCACAGAGAGUAACUCAGCCAUUGCAUCCCUUGCUUUCCAUCCUACUGCUCAGCUGCUGCUCAUUGCCACCAACAAUGAGCUACAUCUGUGGGACUGGAGUCGGAAGGAGCCCUUUGCUGUGGUGAAGACUGCUAGUGAGACAGAGAGAGUCAGGUUGGUGAGAUUUGAUCCGUUGGGUCACUAUCUUCUAACUGCCAUUGUAAACCCUUCAAACCAACAGAAUGAUGAUGAUCCUGAGAUUCCAAUGGACAGUGUGGAGAUGCCUCAUCUCCGUCAGCGCUCUUUCCUGCAGUCCCAACCUGUAAGACGCACACCCAUCUUGCACAAUUUUUUGCAUAUCCUCACUUCCCGCAACGCCGUCCCUCAGGCUGGAGGCAGUCUCGCUGCUUCCAGUGAUGAGGCGUCUGAUUCGUCUGGGCGUUAUGCUGUUUUGAGGGAUCGAUCCCGGCUGCCAUACCAUGGUUGCGUUCAGCCACUCGGAGUUGUGUGUUUCUGUAGCCGUUGCUCAUCAACACGGGUUCCGUCUCCACCUGACGAGGACUCUUCAGACUCCGCCUCCCUGGAGGGACAAUCACACGCAUCCACCUUUUCUUCUGCACGCACAGAGCCACGGAUAUCACGGCUUCCCACUGAGUCUUAUGCUUCAAAUCGGCCCUCAGCAUUUAGCUGUGUGUAUGGUGGCGGGAACAAUGUGCGGACGUCUAACUCUGGGAGGAGGGGAGUGGCUGGAAUGGCACCCAUCCCACCUUUCCGGCAGCAUCCACCAGGCAGGGAAGAUGGAAGCCGUCACCCUGGGGCAGAUUGGGUAGGCUGUGUGCUUAAUGGACAAGGUAGUAGUAUGACUCCACCCAGAACCAGCGCUUCCUCCGUCAGCCUGCUUUCUGUCCUGCGACAGCAAGGGACUUCUAGCCAGUCACCUGUUUACACCUCAGCUAGUGAUGGAUGGGGCCUUCCUCGAAGCAGCAGCAGCACAUCAGUGACUAGUUCUAGCAGGCACCGCCCACCUGAGGAAGAGGGUCACAGCAGCCCUUCUUCCAUCCGCAGUGUUCUUCAAUGUAACCUUAACCGCUAUUUUAUGGAGUAUGAUCGAAUGCAGGACCUUGUGCAGCCUCAAGAGGGCCACAGGCAGGACCAGCAGACUCAGGAAAUGCUGAAUAACAACAUGGACCCAGAGCAACCAGGUCCAUCUCAUUACCAGCCACUCUACAGUGGCGAAAACCCUUCUCCCAGUCACAUGAACCGCUGUAGAGUCUGUCACAACCUUUUCACCUACAAUCAGGGCACUAGGCGCUGGGAGAGAACAGGUCAGCAUACAUCUGCUGAGAGAAAUGCAGCUUGGCAACCUACAAGUCCUGCCUUCCACAGUGUAGCCCCAGUCUCUCACACUGAUCAUGACCUACUUGAACACAGACCCAUGGAGCCCAGCCCAGACGCCCCAGAGCCUCAUGUUCCCUUUUCCCGCAGAACAGCUACUGGUCAGCACGAGGAGCAGACUGUUGGGCUGGUCUUCAACCAGGAAACCGGACAACUGGAGCGUGUUUACAGGCAGUCCGCCACCUCUCGCUCAACAAAUGUACCACAAGAAGCCUUAAACCAGGAAAUGCCUGAAGACGUGCCGGAUGACGAUUACUUACGCAGGAGGCUGCUGGAGUCGUCCAUGAUGUCUCUUUCCAGAUACGAUGUCUCUGGAUCACGAGACCACCCCAUCUAUCCCGAUCCGGCCAGGUUGUCCCCUGCAGCAUAUUACGCACAGCGUAUGAUCCAGUAUCUGUCUCGGCGUGACAGCGUUCGCCAGCGCUCUCUCCGUCCCCCCAGCAGACCCCGACCCCUGUCCUCCAAUCCCAGCAGCCUCUCCCCUGGCCCUGCCCCCAGUGUGGAGAGCAACGAAGUUGACUUUGAGGAGUUUGAGGACAAUGGAAGCAGACAUAGGGCUCCUCGUAAUGCACGCAUGUCUGCCCCCUCCCUUGGUCGCUUUGUGCCCAGGCGGUUCCUCCUGCCGGAGUUUUUGCCGUAUCCUGGAAUCUUCCAUGAGCGAGGGCAGCCGGGCCUGGCAACACACUCAUCCGUCAAUAGGGUCCUCGCAGGUGCUGUAAUUGGGGACGGUCAGUCUGCAGUGGCCAGCAACAUAGCUAACACAACGUAUCGUCUCCAGUGGUGGGACUUCACCAAAUAUGACUUGCCUGAGAUCAGUAAUGCGUCAGUAAAUGUGUUGGUGCCCAACUGUAAGAUCUACAAUGAUGCGAGCUGUGAUAUCUCAGCAGACGGGCAGCUGCUGGCUGUGUUCAUUCCCAGCAGUCAGAGGGGUUUUCCUGAUGAGGGCAUCUUGGCUGUGUACUCCCUGGCCCCACACAACCUGGGAGAAAUGCUCUACUCCAGGAAAUUUGGUCCAAAUGCCAUCUCUGUCAGUUUGUCUCCGAUGGGUCGUUACGUGAUGGUGGGUCUGGCGUCUCGCCGCAUCUUGCUGCAUCAGAUCAGCGAUCACAUGGUGGCACAGGUCUUCAGACUGCAGCAGCCCCACGGAGGAGAGACGUCCAUGAGGAGGAUGUUUGAUGUGGUGUAUCCAAUGGCCCCAGACCAGAGGAGACACGUCAGUAUAAAUUCUGCACGUUGGCUGCCAGAACCGGGGCUUGGGCUUGCUUAUGGAACCAACAAAGGAGAUCUGGUCAUCUGCAGACCUGUUGAUGUAAACUCAGAUAGCAAUGGCACUUCUGAACACUCUGAGAGAAUAUUCACCAUCAAUAAUGGUGGAGGGGUUGGAACCAGUAGCAGCAGGGCUGAAGACAGAGCAGGGAACAGCAGGACUGAUUGGAGGUCCCACAGAGAGAUGGGUCUGAUGAAUGCGGUUGGUCUGCAGCCACGACAGCCUGCCCCCACUGUUACAUCACAGGGGACGCAGACACAGACUCUGCGCAUACAGAAUGCAGAGACACAAACAGACCGUGACCUUCCAGAUGAACCUCAGCUGCCCAGCACUUCUCAGGGGUCACAGGUUACUGAUGCCGCAGACGCCUUGGAUUUAGAGAUACUCCCAGAGGAUUCUGGGUCUGAGGUGGUACCAGAGACGCCCCCCCACAGUCGACCUCAGGAAGACGAAGGGCCAGAUCUCACUGAACCCAGCACAGACAGCACAGGUCAUGCUGAGUAUGUGUCUCGUAUCCGAAGGCUAAUGGCUGAGGGAGGGAUGACAGCGGUUGUCCAGCGUGAGCAGAGCACCACAAUGGCUUCCAUGGGCAGCUUUGGCAACAACAUCAUCGUCAGCCACCGAAUCCACCGUGGCUCCCAGACAGGAGCGGACGCACAAAGACGUUCUGGUUUGAGCCCCACCCCUGGGCCCUCCUCUACUGCGCCUGAGACUUUGGCUGGAGCUGCAGCUUCGUACUCCUGCAUCCUCUCCAGCAGGUUGGGGCUUCAUACCGACACCAUUCAGGGCACCUCUAGAGGCAUAGACCUAACGCCCUUCGUAGAACAGGAAAGACUUCACACGUCCCUCCUUUCACAGGAGUUUUCACCUGUUUUCUCAUCUGCUCUAGAAACAAAUGGACCUUCCACUUCUAUGGAAGCAGAUAAUGUCUUGGAGGGAGAGGAGCUCCAAGACUUUGCAUCCUUCCCUCCGUCUUUACUCUCAUCCUCACCCUCUCUUUCUCCAGUGAAUAACAGUAACUACAGCAACAGCGAUAGCAGUUAUCAUGGAGACGAAUAUGGGCGGUAAAAGCAGGCUGAGUUUGGAGAGGAAACCAACAAUUUGAACCACACAACAGGAAAUAUUUGCACUCGACCCACGUGUUCUUCUCGCCAUCAGCGUUCAUAUUCCACAUCUGCUCUGACACGGUCUAAUGAAUAAUGAAAGGACAAAAAAGUAGUAGUUUCCUGCUCAGCUUAAAAUCUGCAAUGAAUUCAGACCAUUUCAUGUUGUACAUUAAUCAGCCUUGCUGAAGUUUCCAAUGGGUGUGUUUGACUGCCUGUUGUCCAUCAAGAUCAAAGUGUUCAAUGUAGAGCCACGUACAGAAUAAGGUGUGUGAAUAGCAGAGAGUCUUUAGUCUGCUGAGGAACAUUUGUUCAACUAAACGCUUUGUUCCUCUACAUCAUCUUUCAAAUAAAACAUUUUGGAUUCCAGUUGGGAGCUGCUGCUUUGAGCAGAAAGGUCAAAUUUCCAAAGACAGACCAGUAGUCCAAAAAGUUUCAAAACCUUGUCACAUUCUGCACAACUUAAUUAUAUUACUGUUGGUUAGUUUAGCGAGUCAGUGCUGUUUUAGAUGACGACUGGUGCAUUUUAGUUCAGGUUUUUAUGAAGUUGAAAAGACCACACCCUGUUUUUUAAGCCUUUGGAAAGAAGGUAAGAAAGGGAAACAAGAAAGAAGACAGAGGUGUACACAAGUUUUAUAUUUUGUACUGUAUAGUUUAAUUCUGUGGCAUUAAGGGAUAAAAAAAAAAACUCACCUUCAUGUUGUUCCAAACUUGUAUGACUUUCUUCUGUGAAACACAAAAUAAGGAAUUCUGAGAAUUGGUCAUAUAUGUUUGAUUACCAAAAUUCUAAUAUUUUCCUUAAUGUUUCGCAGAAGAAAGAAAGUCAUACAGGUUUGGAAUGACAUGAAAGUCAGUAAAUGGUGACAGAAUUUAAAUUUUUGUGUGAACUAUCCCUGCAUCCUCAUCAUCGACUAUCCUCCGUGUGGCCAAGUCAGUCUCCUUUGCACUCGGUUUUACCACAGAAACACCUCAAUUAUCAUGCUUUCCCCCGAAUGAAAAACAGAAAGACGGCUUCUUAAAAAGGGUCUUCCCUUCCCUGUUUACAGUAAAGUGCUUCUCAACACGAUGUGAUAAACGUCACACACAGCGCCUCAGCAGGGAAGCGGUGAAGUCUGACAGGUGUGUGUAUGUGGAAGAAACGCUAUCCCAGUUCUGUCAGCUACUGUAGAUUUUCAGAGCCUAUUGAAAGUUAGGCAGGCACCUGACAACAAUUGUGUUGCAUCCUUCCUUUUUAUUUCUUAUGUAGCACUCUGUUUCCUAUCUGCUCUCACAGAAAACAUUUCUGAGGUUUGUGUGUUCAGAGAGCUUGUCCUUUGAACCUCAAAGCCUGCCACCAGCUCUGUUCUGCCUUUUGAAUUUCAGAAUUUACAGCACAUUUUGACUUCAGCUCAUCCACAUCACAAUGUCCAGUCUCUUUAAGUGUACCUUAUGUUGAGACGUGACCUUAGGGAGUGUCUUCAUGAUGGGUGUUUAAGUGUCAGAACCCUGGCCAGUGGUCUGGUACACACAGUGCUACAGUACUGCAUAGGGAACACAGAUGUUUGGAUGAUGUUUAUGUGAGAUUUUCUUUUUUUAUUCACAGGCUUAAUGCAUUAUGUUCUGCAUUAAUAUGGAAAGGCUCUCUGCUUCUUUUGGCAAACCACUUUAUCCUGAAAAUGAAUGUCUGGCGGUAUCUCCUGAAUCAAGUCAGAGCUUUGGUAAACAGUGUAACCUCUGCUAUAGCUCAGCUCACUGGCAAAGUAAAAACACAAUUUUAGUUCUCUUUCUGCACCUGAAAAAAAUUACAGCAGCAGCUCUUCUGAUGGAUUAUGUACUUAACAUUAAGAAGUGACUAUUUUUUGUCCUUUCUUUGUUUGUUUUUCUGUUUGUUUUUUAGAAAACCAUGUUAUUAAUUUUUUUCUUUUAAAGAAAAAAGGCGAUAAUAAAUUGAUCUGCAUUCUGGGAAACAGUCCUUUAUGUGAUUUAAAUGUAAUAAAAUGAUAACAGACAAGUC